UAGUGACCAGAAUAAAAACAGCAACACCAGACAUAGAAGAGAAAAAAGUGCAAUGAUCCAUUGAACCAAAGGCUUUGCCCUUUCUUAAUUACGUCGUGUCCAGUAUCAUUUCUUUUUUCUUCCCCUCUUCAUUUUUUUUUUGACAUAUUUGAAGUGGUAAUUAGCUCUUGGAGAAUAAAACCAGCUGAUUUGGGGAGGGCCGGUGCAUUUUGGGGCGAGAUGGCAAGCAGAAGGGUUUCGUUGCUACUUCUCGGAUUCUUCCUCACCACACAGCUGAGUCCUUCGCUACAAGGAGGGGUGUAUGUUCCUCAGGGUGGUGUUGGAGGAGGACCAGGAGGUGCUGGAGUGUUACCAGGUGCUGGACUUUACCCAGGUGCUGGAGCGUUCCCGUACCAACCAGCAAAACAUACAGGUGGAUAUGGAGGGGCUGGUGGGGCUUUGGGCACAGGUGCGCAGACAGGUGGUUUCGGGACUGGAGGUUAUGGAACUGGAGCUGGUGGAAAACCUCCUAAACCAGGUGGUUAUGGGGCUUAUGGUGCUUAUGGUGGUGCUGGUCGAUUCUACCCAGCGGCUGGAGGCCUGAAACCUGCUAAAUCAGGCUUUGGAGGAGGUCUGCCAGGAGGUGGUCUACCAGGAGGUGGUCUACCUGGAGGAGGUCUCCCUGGAGGUGCUGGUGGAAAGCCCCCUAAAGGAGGCCCGGGUGUAGGAGGAGCUGGUACUGGUCUUCCAGUCAUUCCUCAAACUGGUGUACAAGGACUGGGCCCUGGUGGGGUCGGACCUGGAGGGAAAGCUGCAAAGGCUGGAAAAGCUCCAGUGCCAGGAGUUGGAGUGCCUGGACCAUAUCAAGGAGGACUUGUUCCUGGACAAGGCUUCAAUGGGCGGGGAGUUCUUCCUGGGAUCGCCACAGGGAAUGGACUCAAACCUAAAUCAGCUGCUGCUGGAGGCCAAGGACUGGUACCAGGUGCUGGAGGCCGUGGACCAUAUGGUGGACCACUGCAGCAAGGAUUAUUUCAUGGAUACCCCCUCAAAUCUCCCAAAUCCCCAGGUGUUGGGUCUCCAUACUCUAGUGGAAAACUUCCAUAUGGUUACGGGGGAUUUGGUGGAGGCGCGGGACUCCCUGGUGGAAAAGGAGGAGCUGGUUCCAAGCCGGGUUAUCCCACAGGGACUGGUAUGGGGUCUCUAGGGGUCUCUGCUGCACAGGCCAAAGCUGCUAAAUAUGGGGCUGGUGCUGGUUUAGGUGGUAUUGGAGCUUUUCCAGGUGGUGCUGGUGGACUUUACCCUGGGGCAGGAGGUACUGGAGCUGGUUUAGGUGGUGUUGGAGCUUUUCCAGGUGGUGCUGGUGGACUUUACCCUGGGGCAGGAGGUGCAGGUGUCCUUUCACCUGCUCUAGGUAAAGCAGCUAAAUAUGGUGCUGGUGCUACUGGUAUUGGUGGUGUAGCAGGCACAGGUGGACUCUUUCCUGGAGCAGGGGGUACUGGUGCACUCUCCCCUGCUCAGGCUAAAGCUGCUAAAUAUGGUGUUGCAGCAGUACCUGGUGGAGCUGGACUUGUUCCUGGUGGAGCUGGGCUUGUUCCUGGUGGGGCAGGACUUGUUCCUGGUGGAGCUGGGCUUGUUCCAGGAGCUGGAGGAGUCUACCCUGGAGCAGGAGGUCUUACACCUGCUCAAGCCAAAGCAGCUAAGUACGGUUUGAGUGCAGCAGGUGGAGCUGGUGCUGGCGGACUGUACCCAGGAACAGGAGGUGGUGGGACGGUUGGUGGAGUAGUGGGGGGAGCUGGUGGAAUUCCUGGAACAGCACCAGGGGCUGGAGUGUAUCCAGGUGGAGUGAAGCCUCCCAAAUAUGGAGUACCAGGAGGGGUUGGUGUUAUCCCAGGCUAUGGUUCAGUUACAGGGAUUGGAGGACUUCCUGGAACUGUUCCAGGGACAGGAGGAAUAGGAGCUGGCGCUAAACCUCCUAAAUAUGGAGUGCCUGGAGGUGCAGGGGUCCCAGGAGGAGUACCAGGAGGAGUUCCAGGAGGUGUACCAGGAGGAGUUCCAGGUGGAGUACCAGGAGGAGUUCCAGGUGGAGUACCAGGUGUAGCUCUUUGUCAAGUGACAAUAACUGGUGAAGGAGGGUAUCCCGGUGGUGCUAAGGCUCUUAAAUACGGUUUUGGUGCUGGAGCUGGUGUACCAGGAGGAGUUCCUGGUGCUGUGCCUGGACAGCGACCUGGUUGGGGCGGAGUGAAUGGAGUCCCAGGUGGAGUAGGAGCAGGAACGGGAUAUCCCUUUGGAGGAUAUGGGACUGGGGCAAAACCACCUAAAUACGGUGUCCCAGGUGGUGUACCAGGUGGUGUUCCAGGUGGUGUACCUGGCGGUGUUCCUGGUGGAGUACCUGGAGGUGUACCUGGCGGUGUUCCUGGUGGUUUCCCUGGAGGGUACCCCGCAGGAGUUAAACCUCCUAAAUAUGGAGUCCCGGGAGGAGCAGGGAUACUACCUGGAGCAGGGACAGUACCUGGAGCAGGAGGAGUAUUAGUGCCUGGAACUGGGACAGGAGCUGGGGUUGGAGGAUAUCCUGGUGGUGUCAAACCUCCAAAAACUGGUGCUGGGAUCACUGGAACUGGCAUAGCAGUUCCUGGUGCAACACCUGGUGGUGAUGUGGUGGUUGUACCGGGUGGGACAGGGAUUGGUGUUCCUGGUGGUACUGGGGUUCCAUUUGCACCAAGUGGGAAACCAGCAAAGCUCCCAACCUUGGCUCCUGCUGGGACUGCUGUACCAGGUGCGACAGGAGUUGUUCAAGGUCCUGGUUUGGUUUACCCCUAUGGAUAUGGUCCAUAUUAUGGUGGUGCUGGACCAACUGGAGUUGGAACAGGUGUGUUACCUGGAGCCAAACCACUAAAAGCCCCCGGUGUUGGUGGUGUAGGAGGAGUGGGAGGGGUAGGAGCUGUUCCUGGACUCACACCUGGAGCAGGUGCAGGGAUUCCAGCAGGUGUGGGUUUAGGAGCUGGUGCUAAACCACCCAAACCAGGCUACGGCUCUUUGGGUACAGGAUAUGGACAGCCAGGUGGUGUAGUUCCAGGUGGAUAUGGAGGGUACCCACAAGCAUAUCCGGGUGGAUAUGGAGCUGGACUUUCACCACAACAAGCUAAAGCAGCUAAAUAUGCAGGUGGACUGUCAGGAUUUCUUGGAGGAGGUUAUCGAGGUGGAGCGGGCUGCCAGGGCAAAUACUGCGGAAAAAGAAGAAAAUAAAAAUCUCUUGAGAUGUGAAGUGACCUCAAGAAACAUGGUGCUACUGCAUGCUCCAGAAUGUACUUUAUUCCAACAACAGUCCCAACAUGCACAAAUGUUAUGUUCUGUACUGAUAGGAAAUAUUUUAGCAAAUCCAAAUCCAGAGCCCUCUACGCUUGUGUUUUUUAUGACAAUAAUUCCAAUCCUGAUCGUUAAUGGCACAUUCCAUCACAUUACUGUUUCUAAUUGUACACCUCUUAAUUUUGGACAUUUCUGAGAUCAUUCGAAACUCUUUCGUUCAGUUACAUUGAUAAUUAAGUACUCUUAGAGUUGUGGCGUUUCUAGCCCGCACAACAUCUGUUAAUGUCUUUGCCAACACAUUCAAGGUACAUGUUGAAGUGAAAGUGUCCUGUCGUACUGCUGAUUACACUUUGAGGUUACAGAUUUCACUUGUGGCCGAGCUUCAGCUUAGCGGUUUGUCUGUUAUUUUUAACGUUUAGAGAGACAGCAUCAACUUUCUGUCUGUGCAGAUGGCUGCUUCAUAUACAAUCGUCUAUGGGUGAAACUCACCUUUCAUAUUUCACCUUAAAAAUCUGAAAUUAUAUUUUGAAUAAAGCAAAUGAAGCUAAUGCAAUCUUAUUACAUUGUAACAUUUACAGUAUUUGUUCAUGACAGUUGAGCACAUUUCCCCCUCAAAUUCUCAUUACUGUACUUUUUUCAUUAUUCUCAAUAGUGAUUUUUUGCUGUAUGACAGUAAAAUAAAAUACUGUAAUAAAGUGAUUUUUUUUUAUUUAUUUUUUUUAAAUCAGCAUAAAUUAAAGGCUUUUUUUGCAUAAUGGUAAUGAGAAUUGGGGGUAAAAUGUCACAAAAAUAGUGUAGCAAUGCAAAAAAUCUUAAUGGUCUUUAAAAUACGCCAAAUAUUCUUUAUGCAAUAUAUAUAUAUAUAUAUAUAUAUAUAUAUAUAUAUAUAUAUCAUUUUGGGGGAAAUAUGACCAGGACAUGGUUUUGACAGUUUUUGCAAAAAUAUUUCCCAUCAUAAAUGAGUCUAGGUGAUUUAAGCUUUCAUUAAGCAUCUUUUUUCACUGUCUAUUGUCUAUGGGUGAACCUCACCAAUACAUGUCUGGGUCAUGAAAAAAAAAUCUGAAAUAAUAUUUUGCAUAAAGGACAUGUAGCCUAAUUUAGGAUCAGUGGUUUUUUUUUUUUUUUCAGCACAAUUUUUAUUUUAUUUUUUGCAAUUAUUUUACUAUAAUACAGCAAUUUUACUGUAUUAUAGUAAAGAUACUGUAAUAAAGUGAUUUUUUUUUACAUUUAAAUAAGCAUAAAUUAAGGAAAGUAUGAAUACUAUAUUGAUGCAUAAAUACUUUAGAAUUUAAUAAUAUGUUGUUUUGCUUUACAAGAAUUACUGUUAUGAGAACUGAGUAAAAUUUCACAAAAAUAAUGUCGCAAUGCCAAAAAAAAAAAAAAAAAAAAUAUCCUAUUGGUGCAAAAAACAGGCUUCAUUUUCUUUAUCCAAAAUAUCAUUUGUUCUUGUUUUCUUUUGAUUUUGGUGCAGAUAUGACAUGUUUUUGACAGGUUGUGUGAGUUUCACCCUUCAUAAAUGAGCUAGUUUUCAUAAAGCAUCUUUCUUCAUUGAGUAUCUUAGAUUUGGGCUCUAAAAUCCUUGACUUUAAUUCUCUAAAAUCCUCAACAAAUGGCAGCCCAGGUUUUGAUAAGUAGGUCAUAACAUGCAUAGAAAUGCAUAUUUUGCUAAAAGAGCUGAAUGUCAGCUAAUGGACCAUUGACAGCGACUGCUCGCAGCUCCAUCUCAACAUUCAUUCUUGCAAACUGUGUUAUGUAUGAAGAGCUUUGCUCUGAUUAUGCCAAUAACAUGCAGACCUGAAUGACAGCUUCAUUGUGUUGGUUAUCUCUAACAUCAACCUUGCAACUUAGAAAACUGUGUAAAAUUGUAAUCGUAGUUCUGACUUGUACAUUAUGUAUGUUUGAACCUGGAAAAUGAAAAAGAAGUGCAUGUUGUUCCCUGGACCGGGGGACAAGGUGCUUCCAUAAUUGACCAAGAAUGUGUUUCUUUUAUCAUUGUAUAUUCAUAUAGAAUUAGUAUAUAAACAUAUAAAUAUAUAUCAUAUGCUUACAGUAGGUUGGAUCAUUUAACAACAGGUUACUUUGCCAUAUGUUGUUUGUUUUGCACCUUUUAAACUUGAUGUUUUGACCAAUCAUCAAGUUUGUACACAUCAUAUCACAAUAACAUUUUUUGUGUGUGCUUUAAAUAGCUUAUACAUAUUAGUCACUGUUGAACUUGCAAAACUGUAUGAGUUGUUUUAAUAAGAUGUGAGGUGUCUGUGAUGGUAUGUGUGUAUGUAGGUUAUGUAUGUAUGCAAUACCCCCCUAAAGUGUGUUAAAAAUCACGUGUGUUCAUUUUCCCCCCCAGAAAAUGCCUCACUAGCUGAUGGAUACCAAAUAUGAAAUGUCUCAUUUUCAUAAUACUGGGUUGAUACUGUUUUCCGAUUCACCUGGAGAGAAACUUUAUCAUGUCUUAUUGUACCUGGUACUGUUUUUGAUCUACCUGUGAGCCCUACCAGGUCUUGUCUAUUAUUGUGCCAUAGGAUUUCCAUCUUAUUUAAAUUAAGGGGCGGGGCUAAUGCACUUUUUCCACGAACAACAGUUUGACUAGUUCAUGGAAAUCCCAGCAUAUUACCUGCUCUAGUGAAAACGAAAUAAAAAUGUUAAA